GAACGUCCAGAGCGUAGCAGAAAUGCCAAAGCCCAAGCCAGACAUAGAGCGAAAAGAAAGGCUUACAUCGAGCAACUCGAGCAGACCGUCACUAAAUUGCAAACUGCCAUGGGUGUCACGCCAGAGCAAGUUUCUGCUCUGCCGCCACCUUUGGCCAAAAUUCGGGAGCUCGAGCAAGAAAACGCGCGGCUUGGAAAAGAAAACGAAGACUUGCGUCGUCUG